GCGAGUCCUACCAGUGUGCGUCAGGAGAAGCAGGCAGGAGGGGUAGGAAUCUAAAUUUAAAAAGUAGUGCACACCCAGGCUGCUCCUAGGUGUGGAACUAGUCGGUUCAUGUUCAUUUCACGGAAAUACAGUUGCCAAUCCCAUUUUAAGUUUGUCGUUCAUUAACGAACCCGUAUAAUAAGAGUUUUUGAAGUUUCCCUUGAAGUUUUUGGCGCAAUCCCACCGGGACCCCUCUUCCUCGCGCAGGCGGGCGGCGACUGAAUAGAAGUAAGAUGGUGUCGUGGAUAAUUUCCAGAGUAGUCGUACUCCUUUUUGGAACCCUGUACCCAGCUUACUCCUCCUACAAAGCUGUAAAAACCAAGAAUGUAAAGGAAUACGUUCGCUGGAUGAUGUAUUGGAUCGUGUUUGCACUCUAUACAGUAGUGGAAACGAUCUCAGACCUCACAAUUGCCUGGUUUCCCCUGUAUUAUGAAAUCAAAGUUGCAUUCGUGAUUUGGCUGCUGUCUCCAUACACUCGAGGGGCCAGCCUUAUCUACCGAAAAUGUCUGCACCCUCUGCUCUCGUCCAAAGAAAGGGAAAUUGACGACUACAUCACACAAGCCAAAGAGCGAAGCUACGAAACCAUGGUGAACUUCGGCAAGCAAGGCCUAACUAUAGCUGCGACCGCAGCUGUUUCUGCAGCUGUCAAGGGGCAAGGUGCCAUCACAGAGCGUCUGAGGAGCUUCAGUAUGCACGACCUGACGCAGAUUUCUAACAGCGACGUUGCAGGCCAGCUGUAUCCAGGGUUCAAUCCUGCCACAGUUGCCAAGAAUCCCAACACCGAGGGUGCUGAAUAUUACGCUUACAACCCAGAGGAAAGAAGCGAUGAAGAGGUCGAAGGUACCUUCUCGGAGGACGAGGCAGUGACCCAGCGUGGUUUAAGAAGGUCCCAGAGUGCAAAACUUACGCGGUCAAAAGUGCGUAAAGAGGUUCGUUAUGGGUCUCUGAAGAUUAAAGGAAAGAGAAGACCUGUAAUAAACCCUGCACAUUCUGCACUAUGAAUUUCACUACUGAAUUUAGUAUAUAUUUCAGUUGUAGGAGAUGGAUUGUAAAUAUUUGCCUUGGUUACCAGUCUUACCUUUUUGAAAAUCUCCUAGCAUGUAAGUUAGUUGAACAUUGGUAACAUUUUAGAGAUAAUUUAUUGUAAUGCUUAUUCACAAGCAGUUACAGUAGUGCAUCUUUUUCAUUUUUAUUCGUUUUUUUUUCAGUGACUUUGGUGGGUUCUUUGGUUGUUUCUAUGAAUUAUUAUUUUUUUUAAGACUAUUGCGUGGAUUAUUUGUCCUUUAUUUAAAGUUUUCCUAUUUCCAAAGCUUCAUCCAUCUCUGCUGGGUAUGGACUUCUUGCUUUACAGCUUGUGUUUAGUGCGCCAUAUUUACUCGUUUGACGUGACUCUCUUUUGCGCAAACGACUAUCGGCAGGGAACCAAACGUGUCUUAUGCGGGGAAUAUUCCAAACUGAAAAGGAGUCAGUUGUGUAUAGAUUCUGGUAUAGAUUCUCUGCAGACAUUUUCUCCAGUGUAUGUGUGUGUAUUUUUUUUACCCAUUUUUGUUGGUCCCCUUCAACAUUCACCACAACAAGCCAUGUGUGUUUUUAUAUACCUUGUCAUAGCUUCUCAUAUCGGUAUGUUUUCCUGCCUAUUCUGGUUAGGAUAACCAGAAAAUAAUGCAUUUUAAUACUAAAGCUGAUGAUACUUGAUCAUGUUCAGAUUUUUCUGAAUAUAAAUGUGUGGCAAUCUUUAUGAAACUGAAUGUAUAUAUUGUAUCAAUAAAUUUUGGUUUGAUUAAACAAA